AUAUGUUCAUUUUAAAACAGUUUGCAGUCGUAUGUUGGCAUAAGGACGCUAGUUUAAAUAAUUAUAGUCCAUAACAUGACUGGAAAUGAGAUCGAAUCCAAUUGUCUGCUGAAAGAUUCAGAUUCGAAAGAAAUUUCAGUGAUUCAAAAUAAAGACGAUAACGAUGGAACAUUGGAUAAUCAUAAAAACGGCAGUGCAGUGGAUAUCUUGCAACCAAGAAAAGGCUUUUGGGGACGUGCUUGGGAGGUUGACAUCAAGACGUAUAUUGGACUGACACUCAUGCUUAUUUUCUGCCCAAUCGCGCCUCUCUAUUUCUACAUCGCUUGUGACGGAUACGGUGGCGAUUUAUUGGGGCCCUUUUGGGGAAAUUCGACGAGUAACGUAACUGCAGGCCAACAAUUUCUCGAUAAUAUUCCAAGGUGGAGUUGGACGGCAUUAGGAAUAUACUCAGCGUGGAUUACUUUUCAACUUCUUAUUUCUUUUCUACCUGACGUUUUGCACUACGUUGUACCUUUUUAUGUUGGAGGAGUACAAGAAGGAGCCGUUACUCCAGCCGGAAAAGUCAAUAAGUACAAUAUUAACGGAUUACAGGCAUGGAUUAUAACUCAUUCGCUAUGGUUUGCAAAUGCAUAUGGAUUUGGUCUUUUCCCACCGACGAUCAUAUUUGACUAUUUUGGGCCUAUGCUCUGGGUCGUCAACGUUGUUGGAUACUUGCUGGCUAUAUUUGCAUACGUAAAAGGACGAUUCUUCCCUACUGAUCCAGAUGAUUGCAAAUUUAGCGGCAAUUUUUUGUACGAUUUUUUUAUGGGAAUUGAAUUUAACCCAAGAAUUGGAAAAUGGUUUGACUUCAAAAUAUUCUUCAACGGCAGACCUGGUAUUGUAGCAUGGACGUUAAUCAACUUAUCCUUUGCCGCGUAUCAAGUUGAAGCAUACGGAUAUGUCUCGAAUUCUAUGGUGUUACUGAACGUACUACAUGCAAUUUAUGUCGUAGAUUUUUUCUGGAACGAAACAUGGUACCUAAAGACCCUAGACAUUUGCCACGAUCACUUCGGAUGGUAUCUCGCUUGGGGCGAUUGCGUCUGGCUCCCAUAUAUGUACACAUUACAGGGAUUAUAUCUGGCCUACAAUCCAGUGGACUUACAUAUUGCGGUGUUGAUCGUUAUAGCAGUUUUAGGCGUGGUUGGAUACUAUGUGUUCAGAUCUGCUAACCACCAAAAAGAUCACUUUAGGAAAGAACGAGAGAGAUCUAAAAUAUGGGGCAAAUCCCCGGACUUCAUUAAAUGUUGGUAUUUGUCUUCUGAUGGAGUUCGACAUGACAGUGCCCUGUUAACAUCUGGUUGGUGGGGUGUUUGCCGUCAUGCAAAUUACACAGGCGAUCUAUUAGGAUGUCUAGCCUAUUGUCUAUGUUGUGGAUUUGGACAUCUACUUCCCUACUUCUACUUCAUUUACAUGCUGAUAUUACUCGUGAAUAGAAUAUACAGAGACGAGCAUCGGUGCCAGAAUAAAUACGGUCAUUUUUGGACCGAAUACACACAAACAGUUCGAUAUCGUCUGAUCCCAGGAAUUUAUUAGGAAGCAACAUGUCUGUUUAGGUUAUCUUAACUUUAUAAGAACGGUACAGUUAGAGAAAUUAGUAAAGUAGUCUCUUCUAUGUUUGUACUAUUUUUUUCCUUUUUUGUAACGAAUCAGAUAUUCUUGGUUCUGGAUACGGAUGAAUAAAAAAUUUAGUUUGUUGCGAUAGGGAAUGAUGUAACCCUGAAACAGCCCGUAUGUUCCCAAUGAACAUGUUCAUGUGCCUGUUUUUUUUCCCUAUACUACAAGAGCUAGAAAACUUUCAGAUUUUUUGAUAAACCAGUGCUGUGAAGUCGAACUUUGCAUGUUAUCGCCGAAGUCUGAGUCGGGAUUUUGAAUUUCCCUUUAUUUUAAGGCGGACUUUCAAGGGUGAAAGCAGAAGUGAAAGUUUAUUCCUGAAUCUCAAAACGUAUCAAGUCUACCAUGUUUUAUCAACCUUUAUCUCAAAAAUUAGAUAUACUUGAGUUUCUCACUGUUCGGUCCAGUCUGAAAUGGAGUUCAAAUUUUCUCAACCUAAAGCCCAGAGUUUAAUUCUGUAUAUAAACGCUUUUUGGUAAAAUAUUAGGUUCGGAGCCACCAACCGAUUAUGUUACACCCAAUCAUGGUGUUCACCUUUUACCAUGCCUUGUCUGUCUGGCCUGAUGAGCAUUUUUACUUUAUUAGAUUUUUUUGAAUCUUGCCAUUUUCCUUCUUGCCUGCUUAUUUUAUAUUUAAUAGUUCAAUUAGGAAAUUUAAGUUCAAUUAAUUAAAAUAAUUUUAAAGAAAAUUCGAUAAUAAAUUUGAGGUGUCGUCAGCUGGCAACCUUCCUAACAAGCCAUUCAUUUCUAUUGUAUGCGAUGUGUACGAAUUCUUCUAUAAGAUGUAUAGCCUACCCAAUUUAUUACAACCUGGGUAGUUUUGGGUUUAUAAAAAUUUUUGUGAGUAAGUUCUUGUAAAUUAUACCUAUGAUGUAUAUCAUCGAUCACUAGCAUCAUUGACUGGAACGAUUUUAACGCCGUGCUAUAUUGCGGGCAUUAACUUCGAGCUAAACUUGUCAUUUGUUAGGUCAAUUUUCAGAUGUUUUUCCAAUGAAACGUGGAAAGUCUGAAGUCGUAUUAGUUUCAAUAAUAUUGCUCAUUGAAUCUGCCAGCUGUCACGUUUAGUAAUGCAUUCUAUUACAUCGUAAUUUAAACCAGGAUUACAGCACAAUUGCUGGCCAUCACCAAUAAAUUUCAAGUUGCCAUCA